CUAAACAAUACAAUCAGAAAAAGUGUUUCUAAACGAGCUUAAAUAAAUAAAACUAACAUAAUGGCAGGUCGUGGAAGGGGUGGCAAGACAGGCACCCUCACGGCGGAACAAAUGGCCAUGCUGGGAUGCACAAAAGAUAUGCCGGUGCAGACUGCGCCGCCACCUACAUUUCCGCCUGUUUUGAACAGACCCACUACCCUAGAAGCAACCGCCACACAAAACUACCAGCUCCUGUGGAAGGAGGAUUUUCUUAACCGAAUGCGAGAUUCACCCUAUUACAUAGUCUCCGCCAGUCAGGACGCAAAAAAACUUGUGCACAAGGACUGGCGAGAAAAAGCCAUGGAGCGCAUGAAACUCAAAGCACAUCCCGAUUUUAACUACAAAGCCAUGCCCCAGGAGCUAAACAUCUCCAGUCGAAAACGUCGUGGAGCAGAUGCAAGGCCGAAGCUGCUGGCCAAGAAGACGAAUAUCGAGGACAGGCUGAAGGUUCUGGAGCAGAAUGAACUGAAGUCAGGUGGCGGUGAGCAGGAUGAUGCCAAACAGGAAUCCGAUUCCGAACAGGAGGAGGAAGAUCCGGAGGCGGCGUUGGAUGAUGAGAUGGACGAGGACAACGACUACGGUGCAACGUACUUUGAUAAUGGAGAAGCUUUCAAUGAUGAGGACGACAACUUGGACGAUGGUCCCGUAUACUGAGACAAAUAAAACCAUCGAACUGAA